AUAAUUUGUGUAGAUGGCCCAUUAAGGGGUUUAAAAUUGGCCCAUUUUCAUCCUGUAAUUGGCCCAUUCAGGUCAAGGUUUAAAAUGGUGUAUCAGCUUCUGCAGAAAAAGGGGUGGGACUACCAAGUGGUCAAUAAAGGUGAGGCUCAGAGGCACCAGUUACUCAGAUCUUCAAGAAAAGGGUUAAGUCAACACUGAAGAUUCCUCCUGCACUUCCUGCUUGUUAAACCAGCUUUUUCAUUUGUGAAGAAUGGCUCCCAAGCGUGAAAAGGACCGUCGCAUCAUUUCCUGUCUGCAGUGUUUCAGGCCACAGGAGAUGCUGCCUAACCACCUGUUAAGGGUCUGCAUGAAGGACCAGACUAAUGAGGAGAGGAAUGCAGAGGUGGAGAGAGCCAAAAAGUCCAUGAAGGCCUGGACCCUCCGAGGCAGAACCUGGGACUACAACGUCAUGGUCAAGCGGUACCCCGAUGAGGCCUCCAGACAGGCUCUUCUGGAAGACCUUCGUGAAAUGCAUUUUUUAAUCCUAAAUGACCCCAUGGAGGCACAGGCUGAAUCCAGUCACAGACCACCAGGCGCUGCAGUGGAAACGCGCAACAAAAGGCUUGCUCAGCCGACUCUCCAAGACUGCCAGAGAGUCCUCAGAGUAUCACAGGCGGACAUGCUGGACAUCCACAGGAAGCUCCUGGAUCAGAAGCAUGUGGAAGAAGACCAAAGGACGCUGUUCCGGUACUUCUGCGAAGCCAUCCUGGUCCUGAGAUACUUUCAGCGACCAGAAGCAGUGAAGGCAUUUAAAGCUUCAGACUGGAUCAACAAGAGAAAUGUUGAUGGAGGAAUUCACAUGGAGGUGCAAUCCACAAAGCAGAGUGCAACAUUUUCCCUCACAGAGGAGGACUCCGCUAUGCUGGAUGCAUAUUUCCAGAAGAUUCGUCCAGGAUGUCUGCAGGACAGUGUGGACGACCAGGGCAGAUUUUUCCUGUCCAAACAAGGGCUGCCAGUUGGCAAUGUCACGAGUGACCUCAGGCGUCUGCAUGAACAGUACGAGUUACCAAAAUUUUCAAGCCAGCAAGCCAGAAGAGCCCAAAGUACUAUGGCAUGCUCUUCUUCUGAUGAGCCGGCCGAUGGGAGGAGAGUUCGGAAACAGAAGAGAGGCAGAGGCGCAGCUGACCAGUAUGACAGGGACUUUGGAGCGUUUCUCCUGCAGUUUCCAGCGACAGCGAGUAGCAGCCCCCCCACAAAAAAGAAGCGGACCGCUGCGGGGUUUCCAUCUGACAAAGUGUUUUAUAACAGGUGGAGGUCUAUGCAGUUUGCCAAGCGGGAGGAGUACCUCUCGUCCCAGUGUUCAAGACGGCCCCCGACUUUCAGCAAGGUGUCACUGCUGAUCCAAAAAGAGGGUUGGACUGGCAACUGUCCUCGCCCCGAAGACAUAGUGGCAAAGUGGAGCGUCACUAGGGUGCAGGUGGAGUCGGAUCCAUGGAUCAUCACUAAGAUCCAGAAUCAAAAGUGGACAGGCCUGGCCCUCAAGGACUUUGGCUCAAAAGGACAAGGAGCAGAGGGCCGGAAGUUGGUCGAGUCCAUCAAGGGUGAUACAGCCUACCUUUUUCUUUUCAGGCUGCUGGUCGGGGACCUCUGUGUGGACGCUGAGACUUUCCCUUGUGAGUGUCACCCAACAGAAAACACCAUGGGCCGGAUGAUCAAUCAUUCCUCCAAGAGAGCAAACCUGAGGCCAGUCCACUGCAUGAUGAACUUCCCUGAAGGACAGAGGGAUGUCAUCCUGUUCCAGGCGAAAAGAGACAUUCAUUUAUGCGAGGAGCUGCUGUUUGAUUAUACGGCGUCAAGUGCAAAUCUUUUCGAGGAGAAGCAAUGA